CACCUGUGUCGCGACGUCCUCAGUCGCAAAGCGGCCGCGUCGCGCGCCACUCGCUUGCACUAACUCCCUAUAUUAUGACAGUGACGUGAUGGAACCCAAAGAGUUCGGUGCGGUUCCCGGCUUGCCGGCCGGUUUGGACUAUUUCAUGAUGCCGCGAGUGAGCCAAAGCCAACCCGCGCCGCAUUUCGACUUCAGAAAAUUGGGCGCGAGCUUCAGCGGACGAGACGAAGACAGGAGCGACGAACGGCGGUCACCGGAGUACCCGGCGGAGCGCCGCGACCCGCCGCACGCACCCUGGCCGCUCGGUCUUGGAGUUCAGUUCGUCAACCCGGCAACUGGAAAGAAAAGGGUGCAAUGCAACGUCUGCCUGAAAACUUUUUGCGACAAAGGAGCGUUGAAAAUUCAUUUCUCCGCGGUGCACCUCCGCGAGAUGCACAAGUGUACGGUGGAAGGAUGCACUAUGAUGUUCAGUUCGCGGCGUUCAAGAAAUCGGCACAGUGCUAACCCUAAUCCUAAGCUGCAUUCUCCUCACGUGAGACGUAAGAUAUCGGCGCAUGAUGGUCGUUCAGCACAGCCGUUCCCGCUGCUGCCAGCGCUGGCGCGGCUCCCGCUGCCGCCGCCGGCGCUGCUUCCCCCCGAGCUAGCGGCGCGCCUGCCACCGACCCUCGCUGCUCCUGGACCCACACCGCUUCCACCGCGAGUUCCUCUCGAUGACUUCCGUAACUUCAGUGAAAUUGAAAAAAUGUACAGACAAAAUCCAGCAUUAGAAGAGCCGUCUCGAGGCGCGUUAGAUCUCGCUAAACCGACGGCAGUUCUCGAAGACGAUUCUAAUAAUUAUAGUGAAAAUAACGAUGAUAUUUCCGAUGAUGAAUAUAAAGUGAAAAUUGAAAUUCGAGGCGAGUCGCCCGCCGCAGACAGGUUAAACUACGACGACGAGCCGGAAGAUUUAAGUGUAAAUAAAAACAAAAUUGAAACCAAACCCGCUGCCGCCGAAGCUAAAGAGGCCGACCGCGCUGACCCCACCGCUGCAGAUGACAAAAUGUCAUCUUUCGUUCCAAACAAACGUAAACGGAAAAGUGGUAAUCCAACUCGAUGUUCGCAAACCAACGAAUACAGUGUGUCCGAUGAAGAAUAUCAAGCGGACUUGUUUAGAAACAUAUCCACCCCUGGCUCGAGCCGAGCGGACGAUGAGCCUUUGUCGCUGAAAAAACAAAAACAGUGGACAUUUCAGAACGGCGACGAAACUGCUGUGGACUCGGAAUCGGUGACGCGAGUGAAGGCUGAGAGUGAAUCGGACGAUGAAUCUAGUGCACCUAGCGUUGUUCGUGAGGGGCUUAGACUGCGCUCCGACUUAUACACGCCGAGUGACAGCGGAAGCGAUCUGCACGCGAUGGAAGAGAGACUCGCGCGAGCACGCUCGCCUUCCGCUAGCAGUGACCGUACUGACGACAGGACUGAUGUCAACGAUCUUGAGAUUCCCAUAGACGAUGAAAACCCCGACAGAUGUACAGCCUGUGGAAAGGUAUUUCAAAACCAUUUCACGCUUCGUAUGCACUACAGAAAUGACCACCUAAAAUUACUUCACCCCUGCGAUGUAAACGGAUGCGAUGCGGCCUUUCCUUCGCGGAGGAGUCGGGAUCGACACAGCUCAAACGUCGAUUUACACAGAAGACUGCUUUCCACUGGCACGACUGAUGGCAGAGAUAAACCCGCAUUGGAAGUAAACACGGAGCUGCUGAAUAAAUUAUACACCGACAUAAAAGGUCUUGCGUCCACUCUCGAGUGUCUAAGGUAUGGUAACGAAGACGCUUCACAAUUACCAAAUUAUGUGACUGAAACCAUGAAAUUCUACAGUAGAAAUUUGAGCGCGUUACAAGCUGGGUUGUUUCCACAAUUCGGGGAACGAGGGUUUCUCCCGUCCCCUUUUCUGAUGCGUAACGGGGCCCCGCAAGCAGGUGGCGCCCCGUAUGGAGGUCAUUCUACACGAGAGUCAUUGUCACCUCUUUCAGCAUCGUCUCCCCCUGUGAUCUCCCCUGGUAGACUUGACGCCGCUCACGCUCGACCCAGGGAUGACGCGAAAUUGCUUUUUCGCGAGACCUCAGAAUCGCUCAAGAAAAUGACGUCCCUUUGCGAGAGACAGGAGCAAUUGUACCAGCAUCACGUCCCAGUGUCAUGACGGGGUCGGCACGACCCGCGCCCGUCCUGGUGAUACCUCACUUUUUAAAGCCAGGAUCGAGCGUUAAGACUAUUUAAUUGUUAAUAAUUUUAAUUGUGUUAAUUCUAUUUUGUAUUUCGUUUUGUAUUUUCUUGUGAUAUUUAGACAAAUAUAUCGUAAUUAUUGGUCCCACGAACUUUAAGUUAGGGAUAGUAUCAGCUUGGUUGAUUUCGUGGCGCGAAGUGCAAUACGGACUCUGAUGUUAUAAAUAUUAAUGGACUUGUGUACGAUAUGGUAUCGUGUAGAGUAUUCGUAAUCGAUGUUGAAAGUAAACGUUAUAAUGAUCAGCUUCAUUUAUUGUUCUGGCGCAAUAAAUUCA